AGAAUGUCCGAUUGGGGCAACCAUACAAAUGUUUGGAUUAAUCACGUCGACGUACGCAAUGUCAAAUGUCACGCAUUUACCAUGGAACGACAAUGUGUAGGCCUACUUACAUUAGUUUUUAACUCUUAAUAAUCAUCUAAAUAUUAUCAAUUUCACCGUUUCUUCAUUGCUCGAUGCUCUUGGUAAGUAUGCAAAAGUGUAGAGGUUGAGUAAUAUAAUGGCAAGCUUAUAUCAGAGUCUUGCCAGUCGGAGCAAACAAACAACAGCUCGUGUAUGGCAACCAAGGAACACCAGUUCUGUCAUAUUCUCUAAAGGUCUACUCAAUGCUCCUGGAGAAAAUAACUGCUUCCUAAACAGUGCCGUGCAGGUACUAUGGCAUUUAGAUGUAUUUCGAAGGAGUUUUCGGGAGAUGGGAGGGCAUGCCUGCAUGGGUAAAGCCUGCAUAUUUUGUGCAUUAAAGGUCUUAUUUACUCAGUUGAGGUACAGUGAGAAACAAUCCCUUCCUCCCGAUGCACUCAGGAAAGCAAUGGCUGUAGCAUUCCAAGAUGAACAUCGCUUCCAACUGGGUUGUAUGGAUGAUGCUGCCGAAUGCUUCGAGAAUAUCUUGACUCGCAUCCACUUUCAUCUUGCCCAUGAUAUCAAGGAGGAAUUGUGUGAUGCUAAAUACUGCAUCCCACAUCGCAAGUUUGCUAUGACACUCAUUGAACAUAGUGUCUGUACAUGUGGAGCUACAUCAGAGCCCUUUCCCUUCACUCAAAUGGUACAUUAUGUUUCCUGUACUGCUAUAUGCACCGAGGCCAAGAAGUUAAGAGAGAGACACCAUUGGAGUAGCUCUGUCUGCUUUGGUCAUGUGUUGAGGAAUGCAGGAGCAGUAGGAGACAUCCGAGAUUGUCCGAGUGAAUGUGGAAAGAAGAUCAACAUAAGAAGGGUUCUCAUGAACUGCCCCGAUGUUGUUGCUAUUGGCCUGGUUUGGGACAGUGAUCGUCCAGAGAAGGAUCACAUUGUGGACGUCAUCCAGUGUCUUGGUACAUCACUACGAAUGCCUGAUUUGUUUAAUUCUGUAGUUGAUGAAAAAGCCAAGCGAGCUGCCCUUCAUUUGGUUGGCGUGGUAACAUACUAUGGCAAACACUACUCCACGUUCUUCUACAACACAGCACUGAGACUCUGGGUGUACUUUGAUGAUGCAACGGUCAAACAGGUUGGACCUAAUUGGAGAGAUGUUGUGAACAGAUGUAAGCGUGGUCACUCACAGCCAUUGCUACUGUUAUUUGCAAACCCUGAUGGCACCCCAGUACCUACAGAAAUGGCUCCUAAGGAAUCCACAGUACUACCUGGCUACACACAGCUCAAGAGUCCAACAGACAAAAAUUCAAGAGCCCAUCCUGCACGUGAUCCUCGUAGCACUUCAAACUUGAGCAAAUAUCAGCCAAUGCAGCCAGUUGUGGAGUAUAAGCCAGUCUAUGCAAGCCAAGAUACAGCAGCACCAGGACAGAAACAUGUGGUAGAGAUUGGCCAUGAUGCAGUGCAGAAACUACAGACUAGGCGGGAUGGUGGGCAUAGUACAAGCCAAAAUAGUCAGUCUUCAGUACACAAACGCCCAGGCAGUUAUGCUGGAAAGACCAGUGUACGCGAAAAUGAAGGAUCUUACAGGACCCUUCAGAAGCCUCUAACUUCUAACCAGCUAAGUACUGAUACGACCAGUACUGUACCAAAUUCAUCAUCAGUAGCACAGAGUAGAACAAAGAUGCAAGGUGAUCAACGCCAUAGCUUGGCUGAUGAUCUGAUGAUGAGUUCACGUUAUCCACAUCAGAGUGAGGAAGUCACUGGCAAUGUGUCACUUACUAGAUCUCAAGGUUUCCCGGUAUCUGACAUGCAUGUUGCAUCUCCCAUUGUCCCAAGAGGAGAUAGAAAUGACAGGUCUACUCAUCCUCUUCAUCGUAUGACAGCUGUCACCCAAAUGCCCCAUCCUAAGAAACUGGAGAGACAUGAAUCCUGGAGUGGACGUCCUAGUCAUACGAUGGGCCUUGCAUCCCAGUCAAGGCGGAAUAUUGAUAACAAGUAUACAGUUCAGCGUCACAGCUCAUUUAGUAACGGUACACUACCGGACUCACAGCCACGCACUGUGCCCACUAGCAUCCCAGAUAGGCAACCAAUCAGUGGUCAGACUAAUAGGUUGGCUAACAUGAUGCCACCCCACAAGGCUCUUCCAAUAGCGGGAUUUCCAACCAACCAAACCAAGGCCCAGUUUGGCAGUGUACCCAAUCUACACCAAGGCUUUGAUUUGAGAGCUGGUAAGUCAGUGUCUGUGCAGAACAUUGCAUUGGCCGAGGAAGGAAUACUGGCCAGCGCUAUCAAGAAUAAUAUCCAGCAGAAGAGGUCUAGCACCAGUGAUGUAUCAUUGGGGAGUAGCAAUGGGCAUCAGUCACAGCAGGGCAGGAAUGGAGUCACAUCAGAUCAAGAGUUAUCACUGGCAGCAAGAACUGAUCGAUAUGGCUAUGAUAGUAUCUUAAAGCCAGACAAGCAGAACAUCAAUCAGGACCAAGCUAAGCAGAGGAACAUGCAAAGGAUAGACAGGGAUUACGAUAAGUCUGAAUCAUUGGUUAGAAAUACAAGUAGUCAGGGGUUACAACACACCGACAAUUCCCACAGUACCAGCGUUGAUCCUAAAACAAGCAGAAGAGGCCUGGUGUCAGGUCAGAGUCUUCAAAACAGAGAUUCAGUUGCAAGCAGAGAUUCUGGGUAUCGAAGCAGAGAUCGAUCCAGUGCCAGCUCUGGUAGUGUGUAUUCCAUUGAGACACCUACAUCUACACGCACAGGCUAUCCACUAGACAGUGUGGAUACAGCAAGAGAAUCCACUCAACAGAUGCAAACAGACGGAUAUGAUUACCAAGCAUCGAGUGGGCUACAGGAUGUGGAUACUGUCUGUGAUGAGAUUUGUGCUGAAUGUGCUGAUCUGGAGGCUCAGUCUAGAUUGAAGGGAGAUGCUGGUGACUUAGCUACAGCUCUAGCUCUCUGCACUGCAUCAGUUACCAAAUUAAAGGAAUGUUUGAAACUGGAUGGCAUAUCUUCUCAGAAGCGACAGUUACUACACAGUAGAUACAACACUGCUGUGCUACAGUCCAGAAACCUUCAUCGACGGUUGACUAUAUUACGUGACCUGGAUGCCUAUCCUGUUGGUCAGAAGGACACGUCUCCUGCCAGUCCAAGUCAGCCACCAUUAGUGGCCAAAGAUUUAAAUCUCAUCAACUUACAAGAAGCUUCUGAUGACAGCAGUCGAGUUGACAGACUCAAGCAGCAGCUUCAAGAGUUGUACAUGCAAGAUAAAGGCUCACAGUCUGCCAAGCAAGAGAAUUAUGGUGGACUUGCUAUGAGACCCAACCAAUCACAGGUCACUCACACACACAUACAUGUACCUAGGUCUAGAAUGUCAGCUGAUGUGUUUGUGAAUGACAGGAAGACUCUUGACAACUUAAGAUCAUGUGAUGCCCACAGCAGGAUGACAAGCCUCAAUAGGAAUCAAAACGCUGGACGUGAAUCAUACGUUGCCAACAAUUGGCUCUCAUACUCAUCUCAACUCUUAGGUGGUGAGAAUACUGAGAAAGCACCAGUGUGUGCAUGGCAGAAAUAUGGCAUACAUGGAAGUGAAGAUGGAAUGAACAGUAUGUCACGGCAAAGCACCCAUGAAGAUACCGGUACAAGGAGAAACGGCGUAACACAGCCAGGCAUGCAUGAAGACAUCAGAAGAAACGGCGUAACACAGCCAGGCAUGCCAGGCAUGCCAGGCAUGCAUGAAGAUACACGGAGAAACAAUGUGACUGGUACACAGCAGACAUAUGGCCAAGUGAGGAGUCUCAGUCAGCCCUUCACAGCACAUACGUCUAAUGUACAUAAUGGCAGACCCAGAGGUAGUGCAUUCAGGCCAGAUGUAGUUACUCCAAUGACCUACAGCGACAUAUCAAGCUGUACACAAACAUUCACUAAUUCUAGUGUUAGAGAAUGCCACUUAGACAGCCAGACAAGUCUAGGUACCAGACUGUGUCGUGCUAGCGCUGUGCCGUCCAUGGUUGCAUGUAAGGCUUAUUGUACUGAAGUCCCUACACCUAAGCCAGCCAGUCAUCCAAACCCUGGCAAUAAAGAACUCAUAGACAAAACCAAUGCAUUGAUGGACAAAAAUCUGGAGGAGUUGAUAUCAGAGCAUGAUUGGUAUUAGUGAAUGAUACACCCUCCAUUCAAAUGCUAAGGUUUGUAUUGCAACAUAGUUUUCAGUUCAAUUUCGAAUAAUCACAUCUGACUUGAACUCUUGAUAGUCCAAGUCAAUUGUUCUGAUGUCAGUCAAAAUGUAAUCCAGCUGAUGCUAGAGUGAAUAUUGUACAUUUUAGAUGUGAGCCUGUAUUCAUUAGUAUACAAAUAAGGAAUGUUUAUGAGUGCAGUGGUAAGAAUUUCAUGUGGUGACAGAUGGAAAGUUCCAUUUCACGAGACGAAACCAAGUGGAAUGAAACAUCCCAUCUAUUUCCAAUGAAAUUACUCUUUCCAUUGCACGAAUGUGAAACAUUCAUUAUUGGUUUUGUACACCACCUGAAUAAAUCCUCAUCAUCUGAUUGGUAACUUGUAAACUGGUAUACAGCAUCAGAGCCACCUGAGUGCAGCCAAUAGUGAGACCGUGCAAAGGAAGUUCUGUUUACAGUGGAAUGGAACUUCUAUUUUUGCGGUGCAGCCGCGCUGUGCGUUAGGAUGAAUAAUUCAAUGACGCGAUCAACAACUCACCAAUCAGAUGUAGGGGAUUUAUUCAGGCGUUGUGUAUAGUACAUGUGCAACCUAACCGCAGCCAUAAUAAAUGCCUCUUGAUCAUAAGUAUCAUCCUAGCACAUGCACUUUGACUAACAUAAAAUUCUCUGCACUGAAAUAGCUGUACAUAAAGUUAAUUUAUUAGUCCCUGCUUGGGAUGCUUGCAUCAUAUUGUUGGCUGAUGUUUUUUAUUUGUGAAAAGGUUUGUGUUUCAUUUGGAGGAUUAGAUUGAAUAUAAGGCCAGUUGGGAUGUUUGUAAGCGCAUUGGUGUAUUUGUCACCAAGUGAAACUCAUAUUCUGAAUUGUACUCAAUAUGUCUCAGAGAAAUGUGGAAAACAUGACAGCUAUUGGCCAUGCCUUCCUAAACUAUGGCCAAGAUUGAGCACAAUUCAACUUGUUACAGGUUUGCACAUUGAAUUAUGACCAAAGUAAGGCACAAAACUGAUGAGGAAAGAUACUUUUAUUUGGCAGUCAUUUGUAUUCUAUUGUGUGUGGAGAUUUGAAUUAACUGUCCCCAUUUGGUCAGUGUAUUAGCCACACUUGGUCAGAAAUGAUUAAACAAAGCUUAGGUGUGCAUUAAUGCAGUAAGCUCCCUUGUUGGAUUUUAAAUAUACAUUCAUUACAAAUAAUAUCAUGUAAAGAUUAGUCUUGUCAAUUUAGGCCCAAUUUCCUGAGGUUCAAAGGUUGCAUCAGAGAGUUUGCACAAAUAAUUUUGCUGAAAUUUUGGUUUUAAUAAGUACAUUUAUUAAGGAACAGUCGAUUUAUGUGUAUAUUUGAACUUUAUACCAAAGGUAUAGUUUGUUUUUGAAAAUCUUACAAACGUUUGUACUAAAUGGUUAACUUUUUGAAUUCAUGCAAAAUUCAAAUUUAAUUCCCUAUUAUUUUUAAUAUAACUUUUUAGCAUAAAUUAUCUGUAAAAAAUAAUAAUUUAUGAAUUUUGUUAUUUCCUUGGAAUAUUGGCCUCAGUCUGUUUUGAGGUACUCAAAGUCGAGACGUGGUGGAGUGAGCAUUUUCGUACCAUUUGUACUUUUUCAGGACCAGUAGAUAGCAGUUUGCAGUUACAUGAAUGAAAACGAUUGAAAAGAACUCUCUUUUCUUUUGUUUUCUGAAAAUUACCAUUAUUAAACUGAAAUUAUACAUUGACAAGAUAAGUUAUGCUUUUGAACAAAACUCUAAAUUGUUUAGCACCAAUGUUUUAUGACCUCUAUUGUAGUCUAGUACUUAAGUUAAGUGACUUGACUCAAGUUUGAUUGAGUCAUGACUUGCAUUGACUACUUUCCAGUUCCUACUUCAUGUCAAAUUGUUAGCUGGCUUGCAGGUGUAUGUCAUGGAGUACCGGAGUGAAUACGUCACACGCAGUAAAUGUGUGUAAAAGACAUUAGCACGUGAUUCAGCCCGUGAACCAACACGCGCGCGUACUCCAUUCGUUUGCCCUACACUUUCUGGUUCUAAAUGAUGUCACACUUCGGUACUCCAUAGCAGGGCCUCCUAGUACGGUGUCAUACUAUCAUUGCAGAAUUUAAUCUCAGUUUGUUAUGCGUGUGCUAACUAAAAUAGCACGAUGUCAAGAUGCCUGACUUGAAUCGACUCAAGCAAAACUUUGACUCAACAUAAUUGCACAAUUUCAGUAAGGCAGACGCACAGGACCUUGUUUGCCUAAUGACUGACUCAAGUCACUGCCUUAGAAUGACUCAACUUGAUUCAAGUCAAUUACAUCAGUGGCCGGUUACAAUACUUAUAGUCAGUAACUAGACUAUAAUGCAGGGGCCAUAUUCAUGAAACCUUACUAACUUAGCAGCCAACUAGGCCUUAGUAGGAUACUAAAAUGCCUAGUAGUCUAAUAUGGAGUUGACAACUAAAUUGUUAUUCAUGAAACCUUACUAAGAACAUUGCUAACUAGUGACAUACUAGGAGAAUUUAGUUGCAUACCUGAGUAACUAGAUUUGGGUGCUUUGGAUGGAGUGGGCAUGUAUGGAAUGUGAUGACAACACAUACAGGUGCAUUAGGCUAAUCCAUGUCCAGCACUUGCGUGGAUUAGCAAAAAAAGAAGGAAAAAAUUGUGUAAUGCAAGUAAGUGAAUCAACAUCAAAUUCUCUAGCAAUUUGCAUAUAAAGUAAAAAGGGCAAGGAAGGCAAAUUAUUCUCAAGAAGAGUUCUAACUCAUUAUGGCAGACAAGUAUGAGGAAUUAAGCAUAAGGAUGCAAACACUAACAAGAAAAAGAAAGAUGCAUGGGCGGCUAUUCUCAGCCAACACCUUAUGAGAAAGUCCAAGAAGGCAACCGGAGGGGGAAAACCACCUAAAAAGCCAAGUCUGGCACAACAAAAAAUGAUAUAGUUGCCAACUAGUGACUUAGAGUUGCCCUGGAUCUACACUAACUUAAGUAAGAAACUUAGAAUGUAACUAGCAUUAGCAAUGUUUCAUGAAUAUCAAUUAGUUUCCAACUAGGCUUAGUAAGCAACUACAUGCAUAUUUAGUAAGCAACUAGGCUUAGUAAGGUUUCAUGAAUAUGGCCCCAGGUCCAUAGCCAGGGCUGGGGUGGGUGCUGAGCCACCCAUUUUAUGUGGUCUAAUUUUUAGCUGUCCAUUUUGAAUCUUUUUUAACAAAAUUUCUUUAUGCUUGGAUAAUGUUUUUUCCAACAGAACGUUUUACUUAAAUUUGAAUGUGUCCUUUGAUAAAAAAAAUAUCCAGACAUUGGUUGAAUGCAUACAUGGUCAAACACUAAAAAAAAAAUCAGAUUUAAUUUAAAAAAAAAGCUCUAACAGGAUGCACUCCUCAGACCUGUCUGGCUAUGGUCCUGCAUGAUGUCCUAAUAGCUUUGCUAAUUGCAUAGGUUUGAAAUUUAAUCUCGCUCUGAAAUGCCAAAUUUAUUUUUCUAACUACAACAUUUUGUAUCGGUGAUUCUUGAAUUUAUAUUUUAUAGUGACAGUACGUUGAAUAAUUUUUUUCAUGGAAACUGGUUGCUUUGGCAAUUAUAAUAGGCUUUAGAGUACUGAGGUUUUUGCUAGAUGUUUUAGCCUCAAAGGGAAUUGUAAUAAAUAUUUAAAAUAAGUAAAAUAAAGUGAAAUGACAAUUUGAAA